AUGGAGACGAUGCGAGCUCAGCGGCUGCAGCCUGGAGUGGGCACCGGCGGGAGGGGUACUCUUCGAGCGCUGCGGCCCGGAGUGACUGGGGCUGCGGCUGCCGCCGCCACACCCCCGGCGGGGCCCCCACCGGCCCCGCCGCCCCCCGCACCGCCCCCGCCGCCGCUGCUCCUGUCGGGGGCCCCGGGGCUGCCCCUGCCUCCCGGCGCCGCCGGCAGCCCCGCGGUGCUGCGGGAGGCCGUGGAGGCGGUGGUGAGGAGCUUCGCCAAGCACACGCAGGGCUAUGGCCGAGUGAAUGUGGUGGAGGCACUUCAGGAAUUCUGGCAGAUGAAGCAGUCCCGUGGGGCUGACUUGAAGAAUGGGGCGCUAGUGGUUUAUGAGAUGGUUCCCUCCAACAGCCCUCCCUAUGUCUGUUAUGUCACCCUGCCUGGGGGAAGUUGCUUUGGGAGUUUCCAGUUUUGCCCCACUAAAGCUGAGGCUCGGCGGAGUGCUGCGAAGAUUGCGUUAAUGAACUCUGUGUUUAACGAACAUCCUUCGCGAAGAAUCACUGAUGAGUUCAUUGAGAAGAGUGUCUCGGAGGCCCUGGCAUCUUUCAACGGCAACAGGGAGGAAGCAGACAAUCCAAAUACAGGGAUCGGUGCCUUCCGAUUUAUGCUGGAAUCCAACAAGGGCAAGUCAAUGCUAGAGUUCCAGGAGCUGAUGACAGUCUUCCAGCUGCUGCACUGGAAUGGCAGCCUCAAGGCCAUGAGAGAAAGGCAGUGCUCUCGGCAGGAGGUGUUGGCUCAUUAUUCGCACCGGGCCCUAGAUGAUGAUAUUCGCCACCAAAUGGCCUUGGACUGGGUGAGCCGAGAGCAGAGUGUGCCAGGGGCACUGUCCAGAGAGCUGGCCUCCACUGAGCGGGAGCUGGAUGAAGCCCGGCUGGCAGGCAAGGAGCUGCGCUUUCACAAGGAGAAGAAAGAUAUCCUCAUGCUGGCUGCUGGACAGUUGGGCAAUAUGCAUUCCUCCAACUGCUAGGCGUGCACCCGCCUACUCCCCAUCCUCUCCAGGCCCUUUUUUUGUAUGUUUCCUUUCUAAGACGUAGGAUGAUUUCUGUAUAUACUUUCUCAAUUUUAUACUUUAAAAUAUAGAUUAUAUAUAUAUGUAUAUGUAUAAAUUCUACACCUGGAUUCCCAUUUGCUAAGAGAUCCCUUUUUGUUAACUUCCAGUUUGGGGAUGUAGUUUCAUUUGAAACAUUUCGUCUCCACUUCGUGGGAAAGAGCAGCCUGUCUUUGGAGCUUUCUUGGCUCUUAAACUUCCAUGUUAAUGCUGUGUAAUCAUUUUAAUAGCACAAUGAUUGACAAGGGUUCAUGCCUCCUUUAAAAAUAACAGGUAGCCUGAAUGAUUGUGUGCUCCACCCUCACCCUCAUUCCUCUUUGCUUCUGGACUCCAACAAACAUGAAGCCUUAGCUUUGGUUAAUCCUCAGCUGGGCCUGCCUGAAAGUCCUGCCCUCCCUGCCACUACCUUGCUUCUUAUCUGCCUCCAAAUGCUACUUUGUUUUGAGACUUCCUUACCUUAUUAGGAAGGAAGUGGAGAUUUGACUUCUUAUUUUCAAAUCACUCCUGAGAAACUGCCCAGGAACAAGAAAGGAACUGUAAACAUGAUUUGUAGAGGUUUACUGCCUAAUUCGCUUCUGGGGCACAUCUAUACUGUGCCAGUAAUCCAGAGUUCUGGAUACACUCUACAAUAGGAAGGGGUCAACGCUGAAACUGAUUAUGUGUCAAUAUUCCCUUUUCACUUCUCUCUUGCUCACUCAACUUAGUUAAACCCUGUAUUUAGACCUUCCUGCUAGCUGAGAUUUGGAGAAAGCAAAAACAUAUUUCCCUUCUCCCAACGUUUUGCUCUUUGGAAGCACUGUCUGCCUUAUUUGGUGAAUGAGAGCCAAGAUCUCUCUGCACAUUCCCUCUGUGUUGCUUUGUUUACUAUCUUAGAUACAUGCACCUUAGAUUCUCACUUGCUUUCUCUCUAUUCUUCUUCCUCUACGUUGAUCAUUAGAGCAUGAGCUGAUCAGGAGAAUUAGAUGAGAGUUUGAUACUACAACACUUCUGACUGGAAUCUUGGGAGACUGAAGGAGAAGAAAGAAGAAUCAAUGAUCAACUGUUUGUGUUUUUAAUACCAUUCUCCGGGGUGAUGUAAGAGAGGAAUGAUCUGGAUGAUGGCUCUUUUUGGAGAAUGCUUUUGGAGGUCUAAGAUAUGUUUUUCCCUUGUCUCUGUGAUCUCCCUUACAGAACUUUGUUGCUGAGUGCAUUUCCUAAACUGAACUUGUGAAGUUAAAUGCUCCUGUAAUUAAGUGGACUUUCCACUUAAUGAUUAUACAGACUUUGCUUUAGAAAGAGGUUAGGAAACAGGCCACAGUUUGCUCUUCCAUAUUAGAGGCAAGAUUGAAAGGCAGCUUUCUUGCUUUGAAAUCAUCUUGGUGAUCGGUACAUGUGGGAUCAGAGGUAAGGAAACCAGCUACAAUUGUGUUACUGCUUGAAAGGGGCUUCCUGGAAGUCUCCAUAGCCCCAUCUUUGUAUUCCAUGAAACACAUGUAGGGUUGGGGGUAGAGGUGCUAUUAUUAAAUAAUAGAUGCGUGUUUUAAUUGAUAUUUAUAAUCCAGAAACCAGAAACACUCCAGUUUCUCCUAUGCCCCUUUCUCUGGGAAAAGAAGUGUUAAGGGGGCAAGUUAUGGAAAGAAUUGUCCUUGCACCUUCUGGAUUUAUUUUCUUUUUCUCAAAUACCAACCAGUAAGCAAUAAGUUUUUACCAAAUGUCUAUGCUUUUAUCAAAGAACUUGAGAAAAAUUGUUCCCUGAUUAUGUUCUCUUUUGGUGUCAAAGAUUUUACUCUUUUUAGUACUUUCUAUGUAUUUUAUAUGUAUAAUUUUAUACAAUUAAAAAUAGAUUUUGGUCUAGCGA